AUGUCCUACGCACAUAUUGGCCCUCCGGUGCCUUUCAACGGCACCGAUGAGCUCACCGGUGGUGAUGCCACCGAAACAAACCUUAACCAAUGGUACCAGUCUGGCGACCAAGCAUUCAUCCUCCUCAGCGCGUGCCUCGUGCUUCUCAUGGUGCCGGGCAUUGCCUUUCUCUACUCCGGCCUCGCCCGUCGCAAGUCCGCCCUGUCCAUGCUGUGGGUUGUCAUGAUGUCCUUUAGCGUCAUCGUCUUCCAGUGGUACUUUUGGGGCUUCUCGCUCGCCUUCUCGCCCACCUCGACCAACGGCUUCAUCGGCAACAUGCACCACUUUGGCCUCAAAAAAGUCCUGGCCGCGCCCUCGCUCGGCUCGCCCCUCAUCCCCGCCCUGCUCUACUCCUUCUACCAGAUGAUGUUCUGCGCCGUCACGGCCGCGCUGACGGUCGGCGCCGUCGCCGAGCGCGGCCGCGUCGUCCCCGGCAUGGUCUUUACCUUUUUCUGGGCCACCCUCGUCUACUGCCCGCUCGCCUACUGGGUGUGGAAUCCCGACGGCUGGUGCUUCAAGCACGGCGUUAUCGACUACGCCGGCGGCGUCCCCGUCGAGAUCGGCUCCGGCGUCUCGGCCCUCGCCUACUCGUGGGUGCUCGGCCGCCGCAACGAACGCAUGAUGAUGAACUUUCGACCGCACAACAUCUCGCUCAUCACGCUCGGCACCAUUCUCCUGUGGUUCGGAUGGCUCGGCUUCAACGGUGGCUCUGCCUUCGGUGCCAACCUGCGCGCCGUCAUGGCGUGCUGGAACUCGUGCUUGACGGCCAUGUUUGCUGCCAUGACCUGGUGCCUGCUUGAUUUCCGUCUUGCUCGCAAGUGGUCCAUGGUCGGUUGGUGCUCUGGUACUAUUUCUGGUCUUGUUGCUGCUACACCCGCGUCCGGUUUCAUCGACCCUUGGGCCAGCAUUAUCUUGGGUGUCGUCGCUGGAGUGUGCUGCAACUUUGGCACUAAGAUCAAGUUCCUCGUUCGUAUCGACGACUCUCUCGAUGUGUUUGCCGAACACGGCAUCGGCGGCAUGGUCGGUCUGAUCUUCAACGCAUUCUUCGCCACCAAGAAUGUCAUUGGACUUGAUGGUGUCAACUCUGGUACACUCGGCGGUUUCCUCGAUCACAAAUACGCCACCAUCGGCUGGCAAAUCGCUGCCAUUGUCGCCGCAUCGGCCUAUGCCUUUGUCAUGUCCGCCAUCAUUGCCAAGCUCAUCGACUUUGUCCCUGGCCUGAAGCUGCGCGCCUCCGAAGAGGCCGAACUUCUCGGCAUGGACGACGACCAGCACGGUGAAUUCUCAUACGACUAUGUCGAGGUCCGCCGAGACUUCCUCGCUUGGAGCCCUCAGACCGGCGAGCCUGCUGGAGAGGGCACGACGAUUGAGCCGCAGCACGGCAUCCAGGAGCACGCUAGCAUGGUUCGUCCUACUAGCUCCUCUCUUGCCAUGGCGGAGAGCAAGCGAUCAUCACCGUCGUCCUUGCGUGAUCACAGCGACCGCGAGGAAGUCAUUGUCGAGGCGGUUGAGCCGGAGGCGGAGCUGCCGCCCAUGCGAGAGAAGCAAGCGUCGGUUUGA